ACACUUAUCAAGGUUCCCUCUUUGCUUUCUUUGCUUAGACUCAUCCCGCAGAAAAGUUUUGCAUCAAAAGCCACCAUGUUGCGUCACGAACUGGGAACCAACAUUACUGCCAUCGUGAACAGGCUGGCGUCGGAGCUACAAAACACCUCCUUCUAUGCGGAUUUCCUCACAGAUGUUCAGACGGCUAUGGCCACGCAGAACUUCAGUACGGAGCGCUUUAGUACUGAAUGCUACGAGUGGACCCAAGGCAGCUCCCUAGACACGCGGCUUCGGAAUGCUCUCUAUCAUCUGAUGCACGUCCAGCCAACACUCCUUGCUAACCCCGACACUCCUCGCCAUGUCCUGAAGGAACCACUCGCCUACGUCAGGAAAGCACAGAGUUCAUGGGAACGUCGGCUUGUGAAGUGCGUGAACAGCAUGGCGACCGAGCUGAGCAUUCCUCUAGCUCGACGUCGAACAAAGCAGGAGAGAGAGGACGUGUCAGAACGCUGGUUUGAACUGUCAACCGAUGAGUCAGAUCUGACCAUGAUUAGACCAGUCUAUGCACCGAAGGAUUUUCUUGAGGUUCUUUCCAGCCUGAGGAACCCAAACUAUGACGAAUCUACUGAUGAGAAUCUUUGGGGUUGUAUUCAACUGCCCGUCAAGGUUAAAGACAUAAAGGGUUUGGUAGAGGUGUACGGAGAGUUGGCAUGUUGUUGCAAGCACACAGGUCUUGACGAAACAGUACCGGGGGAGCAUAAGCCAAAUCUCACACUGGCAGACGAAAGACUUAUAAUUGGCCAAAAAGUGGUGGAGAAGAACCAUGGUCCUCUCAGCAAGGAGUUUUGCAAGACAGGAUGCCCCGCGGGACUCCGGGCGGUGCUGUGGCAUCAGGUUCUUGGGCUCGAGGUCACUGACAAGCACUGUAAAUACUUUGACGAACUGAAGAAAAGGGUCGUACAACAUGAACUACUUGUUGAUAAACUGAUCAUGAAGGAUAUACAACUAACUGCUUCAAAUGACGAUCAGUAUUUCGUGUUUGAAGAUAUCCUUUAUCAGGUGCUGCUGUGCUUCUUCAGGGACACGGAGAUGCUGAGCCACUUCGAACACAGCAGUGCCUCCCCCCCUCUGUCCGUUGCCAGGGGCCAGACUCCCUCCCCAGAUACCCUCGUGGCCUACCCUCCAUGUGGCAUCAUUCCCUUCCAUGGAUUCACGAUGUAUGCGGCUCCUCUCAGCUGUUUGUACGAGGAUCCCGUUCAACUUUAUUUCACUUUUCGGGAAAUGUAUUGCCGUUACUGGUACCGUCUCCAUGUUGUUACAAGUCAUACCCAGGGCGCGGCGGCCUUGGCUCUGCAGUUUGAGCUUCUGCUGCAGAGUUCAGAAACACGACUUUGGCAACACUGUGCUGCAAUGGGAAUACAGCUGUAAGUUCGGAAAUCAACAUGAAUUCUCAUUCUCGAACUUGUAGUUUCGGGUAGUCGGCGUUGUUAUUUUUGUAUCUCUACGUAUAGUUAAAGUCAUCUUUGAAUUUCUGUAU